AUGUCAGUUUCCGAAACGGCCCCCACGCAUAUCAUUGUUGGAGUAGAUGUUGGAAUGACUGGUACAGGAGUCGCAAUUGGCUCGUACUCCAAGAAUUCGAUUCUUGGACCACAGAUUAUUCAACGAUGGACCCCCGACCCGAACAGGGUUGAUAAUAAAAUUCCUACUCAAGUUACCUACAGAGCUGCCACGGCAGCUCAUGUUCACUCGGUGGGAUUUGAGUGCCCCUCGCAAGAAAAAAUUGGUACCGGAAUGCGAUUGAUAGGCAUGUUCAAGUUUCACCUCGAUGAUAAUUUUCUACGGGAAAGGCAUAAAAACAGCCAAACAACUAAUACUGAUACUCUUGAUGAUGUCAAGUUUUGGUACCAAACAUUUUUGACUGCGCUGCAUGGUCAUAUUUCGCGCCAACUUCAGGAUAUAUGGAAGGUUGAUAUCACUCUGACAAGGGUCGAGUACAUUUUCAGUCUGCCAACAUCUUGGCAAACUAAUGAUAUAUUGAGGAAGAGAUUCCGAGAGAUUAUACACGAUUCUGGGUUUGGGAAUGAUGUUACGAUGGAAUUGACCGAGGGGGAGGCUGCCGCUGUCUUCACUGCAAAGCAUCAUAGCCGGGAGUUCACUGAAGGAGACGCCUUUAUUGUUUGUGAUUCCGGAGGUGGAACAACGGACAUGUGUGUGCUGCGAGUGAAACAAUUAAGUGGUGAGGCCGUCGAACUUGAAAAUGUCGACGAACCCAAAGGUGUGUAUUCAACUCUCAGCUUUCAGCUUAUUGAAUUACACUCUUAUACCCUUGCUUCUUUAGUACUUCCAGUCGGCUCCGUCAAUAUCGAUGAGCUUUUUGAGGAAAAGAUUCAAGGACCUUUAGCUGAGCUUAGGCGAAUCCAUCCAGAAUUAUCAGAACAUGUCGCUCACCAAAUAACAAGAGACGAAUUUCAAAAAACAAAGAAAUCGAUUGGGACAGGAUUGAGUUUACCAAUUUGGAAGUUCCAGGUGCCAGACCCAGUGACUAAUGAAAGGAUAGAGGUUUCUAAAGAAGACAUCCAAGCGAUGUUCGACAAACAGAUUCAUCAGAUAUUCGAAUUUAUCGACUCUGAAGUGACCUAUCUCGAGGCGCGCAGACCUGAUGUUCAUUUAUCUUACCUUGUUCUCGCUGGAGGGCUUUGCUCUUCGGAAUACGUGCAAGCCAAAAUUAAGAGGCACUAUGAGAAGAACAUCACAGUGCUAUUUGCGGGGGCACCCCUAGACCUCCCGCUAGCUGUAUGCAGAGGGUUGGUUAUUGACCGACUACAACAUUUGUCCAACCAAAUUUCUGUUAUCUCAAUCCCGAGUGGAAGCGCGUCGUACGGAAUCCUACAUUGGAAGACGCAUAACAGCAAAGAGGAAACAGGUCAGGACCCUACAAAAACUACCAAAAGUCCGGUUGAUGGCAAUAAAUAUACCCCCGAUCAAAUCGAUUGGCUCAUUGUCCGAGGCCAACAAUUUGAGUCUGGCGAGGAUAUCAGGAGGAAAUAUUCUCGUUUACUCACCCCAAAAAAUCAGACACAUCGCUGGAAGUUUGCAGUUGUUCGAUCCACAUUGCUCCCGACAAUGUUGCCCAAUGAGUUCGCCCCCAAUAAUGGCGAUGCUACCAUCUAUUGUCUUGUCAUAGCGGAUCUUGAGCCAGGACCAGAGAACAUUGGCGAUGUUCGAAGGCGUUGGCUGAGGGGCAAGACAGGCGUGCAGGUAGACUACGAGAUAUCUGCCAUCAUAAAGCCUGGAGAGCUGAAAUUUCGAGCCAGAAUCGUUGGGCAGAAAGAAAGCGAAGUCCGGGACCUCGAAGUGAAAUGGCUGGACGACUUAGCCAUUGGGGCUGGGGAAUGUAAUGUUGGAUUUGACGAUGGCCUCAUAAAGUUCAUAAGGUGA